UCUCCUCUUAGCCUGGCUGGGCGUCGUGCUGGUCGGAUCAAAAAAGUAAACAUUGUGGAGGGACACUGAUAUGUUUGGAGAGAAAUGGGAACAUAUACAAUGAAAGAGUAACAUUGAAAGAAAACGGGCUGCUCCUUUGUAGAGGAGAUUCAUAUGUUCAGUCAUAGCUGGAGUUUUUCAGAUUCCUGACAUUCAAAAAACGUGAUUUUUAAUACACUUCUACUACUUUAAUCAAUCAACAAUGGAUUGGAAUGCUAAACUGAAUAGUGUCACCUUACAACCAAUGUAUCCUAAAAAACAGUCAUCUCUUUUGGAGCCGAGUAUAAUAAACACACCACCUCAAGUUCCUUUAAACCCUCCUGCAAGUAACCAUCCUGCAUGUAUGUUUCGGAGUAACUCAAAUCCAGUUUCACAGUCACCUCUCAACAUCAGAAAUACAACUUCCCAACAAAUCUCUGCUUCUGAUAAACAUGGUAGGACAAUUUUUGCCUCACAAGCUUCAUUGGAAAGAAAAACUUAUGCAAAUGUAAAAGGACCCAAUCAACUAAAUAACAGUUUGCAAAUGUCUCCAGGAGUUGCACAAAAUGUGUGGGCAAACUCACCAGUGAGAAAUUCUAUGUUUUCUCACACGGGGGCAGCUGUUUCUCAACAAACUGGUUUUAGAACUAAUCCACCAAAUGUAAAUGCACUACAGAAUCAAUUUGUAACAUCAGAAAUCUAUCCUAUGCAAGGACAGACGGUCCCUUCUAAUUCUGUAAGAGUUCCUGUAACUUAUCAAGGACACCAGAGACUUACCUCAUCUUUAUCAGAGCGACAGGCUGACUGGGCACAACAGUAUACAUCCAAUGGACUGACUUAUGCAGAUUACAGACCACGCCCAGAGCAAUACAGUUAUCCACCACAAAGCUUUUUGCAAAGUCCUACUCUUCAGAAACAAAAUACUAUGCAACUUACAUCAGUACAAGUUAAAAAUAGUAAUCAUUCAAAUUCUGCACUGACAUUACAGUCAAAGCAGACUGCAUCUUUACCGUCCUAUCAAAUUGCAGUUAUUCAGAAUGAAAAAAGACUUCUUCCUCCUUAUGACUGUAGGUAUGCAAGCCAAACUUUGCAAAAUACUCAGCAUGUUAUUAAUCACUCUUCAGAAGUUCCUCAGAGUCAAGAAGUUCAUACUUCUGAAAUGAGGAAAGACUUUUGCAGGGGCUUUCAACAGCAAAACCUCAAUGAAAAUGUCAGUAUAACUGGAAAUUUUUGUAAUAUGAAAGUAAAUACUAAUGUCAAUCAGCCUGUUAGUGAGCCUACUAGAUCUGUGGAUGAUGUUCAGAUUCUUCCUCAAAAUAAUCAAGAAGAAAGAGUAGAUUUUUCUAAUCUGACUUCAAGUCAAGUACUGGACACAAAUAUUGUAAAAGAGAAGUUAGUGAAGGAUAUUAAACAAUUAGUAGAAAUGAGAAAGAAAUUUUCUGAACUGGCAAGGAAAAUUAAAAUUAAUAAAAAUGUUUUAAUGUUAGCAGGUUGUACUAAGGCUAAUAGUGAAACACCUCAAAAUUCUGAACUGUCUCUGAAACAAACUGGCAAUACCCAGUUUGGACCACAUGUAACCGCAGCCACUCCAGAGACUGCAGUGGAUAAAUCACCAAAAGCAGUGGAAAUAGCAGAAGAAACAAAUAGAAUGCACAGUACAUUGAAUUCUAAUAAUCAAGAGACCAAUUGCAGGAAUUCUAACCAGGUUAAUUCGAUUUUACUAAAUUCUGUGUGUUUGGGAAAGGGGCCAGUGCCAGACCAGUUACAUAAUUUAAAAGAUACCACGUCUUUCAAGAUGCCAACUAUGGAGAAUACUCAGUUUUCAUCAGGAAAUACAGUCAAUGUUAAAGAAAAUGUGCAAACCAAUUCUGAAACAAGUUUAGUUUCUCAGUCUACGGCCUCUGAGUCAUACGCUUCAAAAUAUCUAAAUGAAAAUAGGCUACUUAUCAGUCUCCUUGCACAUUCAGAUGAAAUUGAGAAAAGGUUAAUGAAAGAUGGUUGUGAAACUACUAAGGAUUCUAAUCCACACAGUUUUAAAAUGAAUGCUAAUACCCAAAUCACUAAUAACCAACUGAACUUGAAAACCAUGGAAACUCCAAGCUCUUGUAAUAUAAACAUGAAUGUAUCAGAGAAUUCUUUUUGCCUGGACCAUAAAUUCCCUAAAACUGGAGUACCUCUGAAUGCGGACAGUCAUUUGGAAUUGCUAGCAACAUGUCUUAAUCUGUGGAAAAAAAACCCUUCUGAACCUACAGAGAAAAAACAGUGUAAUGAGUUAACAACACAGAGAACAGCAGUUGGAAUCUCGAAAGCUGGGGAAAUCUGUGAUAAAACUCCAGUUUCACUUGUGGGAUAUUCUCAGAAUAAGAUGGAAAACUGCUCACAAGUAACAACUCUGCCAAUGGCAGUGCAAAGUUAUGAAUCUCCAGGUGCAACUACUAUUAAGGGAACAGAACUUCAGAUUGCUGUGGUGUCACCCUUAAUUUCAGAUAUCAAAACAUUGCCUGUCAAUGGAAUAACACCUGAUCCUUUACCCGAAACAGUCUAUCCAGUUAUUAAAGAAGGCAGUGUUUGUAGUUUACAGAAUCAAUUGGCAGAAAACACAAGAGUGACUGCUGUAUUGAAAGUGAACGAACCAGUUACAACAAAUAAGGUUUUGCCACUAAUUCAGAAGGAAAAGCGAAAUACGUCAACUAAUGGUGAUUCAGAAGAUGCACCUAAUAACAAUCAAGGAAAUCCAGUAGAAUCUGAACUAAAUAUUCACUGUCCUGUGAGUGAUCAGCAAGCUUCAUCUAACUAUAAAGACAAUGAUACUGUGAGUAGUGAGUUGUUGCAGAUUGACAAUAUAUGUUCUCUGGUUGAAGGUGAUACAUCUUAUAAUUAUCAAAUAGCAAAGAUAUUCAGCUCACCUCCUAUUGAACAGAUUGAGUCACAGAAAUCAUUACCAAAUCUCCAAGUGAUUAGUACUAAAAAACAAAAAGAACAAUUAGACAAUAUCACUGAAAAGAUAGAACUUGGUUUACAAAAAGAUAAUUUUUUACAGUACACAGAUGUUUUAUAUAAAAUACCUGAUCAAUCAAAGUCACCACAACCUCUAGAGUUAUCUUUGAAGAAUGUUGAUUCAAGUAGUGAAAAUCCAGAGGAAAACAAUUUGAAGCAUUAUAGUAAAAAAGUAAGCACAGCUAAAGAUAUGUGUUCAUCAGCUGCUCUUAAUCAGGACAGUAACCCCCAGGAAAUUGAUGUGUCCUGCAAUCACACUGCCCAGGACCCUGCAGUAAAUGAGGUUCUUGAUAACACAUCCAUUUUCUUCCCACACAAUCAGCUUUCAGAACUCUCAAAAGAAUUUCCCUAUGGUAUUGAACCUGUGACUACACAUGAAGAUUCUCCAGCAAAACAAAUAACGGACAAAAACUCUAAAGAUGAGUCUUGUGAUAAAACCAGCUGUGACUCCAAAGAUGCAACUGACGACAUAAAAAUUACAAUAUUAAACUCAGAGCAAAUGAAAGAAUUAUUUCCCGAACAGAAUGAUCAAUCUUGUGAGUUAGACAAAUUUACAAACUCUGAGAAAGAAUGCCCUGUCCCAAAAAAAGGAAUCCACUGUGUCUCACCAGUACAUACAGAUGGAGAAAGUUCCAAUUUUGUUACGGAUUCAGAGAAAGACGAUGUCCGUUGCUGUGCAUUGGGUUGGCUCUCUAAUGUUUAUGAAGGAGUUCCCCAGUGCCAGUGUAAGUCCAUCAAUAACUUGAAUUCAAAGGUCGAAAAUGGAAAAGAUCAGUAUUCUCUGGAGACCAACAGGUGCAAGGAAGUAGAGAGUACUUCUGAUAAAGAUUAUUCCAUAGUAUGUAAUAGUUCUCCAAAUAACAAUCCAAAGAUUGCGCUGACUUUUCCAAUUGGGAAAAACCCUUUUUCUGAAACAGAACAAGGCAAGACUAUGAAAGUUCUAUCAGAACCAAAAUGCAGCUCACUAAGGACAGAACAAGAAUUAGCCGCCACAUCUUUUUCUAAAGGGGAUAAAAAACUAGAUUCCUUAAAAUGUCACAAGAAGAAAAGAAAACUGAAAUUUCAUGAGAUGACUUCUCAUUCUAGUGCUAAAAGAAAGUUUUCUCAAGAGAGCUUGCAGAGAAAGAUCAUAGCACAAAAUUCAAGUCCACCUAAAGCAAAGCCAGGUUUCUCGACAAAUAAAAAUAAAGAUUUGCAUAUAAAAAAUGGUUCUUUUGUACAGAAAUUAUUUCCAGAGAAGAUAAAAUUGGAAACAGGUGAUCGUCAGCAAAAAGUUUCAGCAAAAAGGAAGUUAGGUGAAGGGAGCAUACUUAAUUCAGAGGUAAAGAAGAUGAAGUAUUUUAAACAAGAGCAAAAUAAAAAUGGAGAUGGUACUUUGAAAACAUGUACUCUUGUGUCAAACCCCGAUGGAAGAGCCAAAGUUAAAGAAAAGACAGUAUCUAAUGUUAAAUCAUUAGUCUCUACGUCUAAGGAUAAUUUGCCUAAAGUUGUUAUAACGCUAGAGCAGUAUUUGCAAAGGCAGAAGCAUAAAGAAGCAAUGGGUGUCAAAGUAUCAAAAUUAAACUGUGAGAAAAGUAUACCAUGUGAUUCUCAAUCCAUGAGGUCCAGUAAACUUUCUAUGCAAGUGGGGAGUUCUGGGAAAUCAGAUGAGAGACACAGUAGCAGUGUGCAGACUUCUGAAGAAUCAUUAAGUAUUUGUUCAAGCCAUGAUAAAAACACAAAAAUUCACCAUUCUCAUGUUUCAAAAUCACACCUUUUGGGGAAUGCUAAAGAAACAGUUGGUGGAAAGCAACCUGAUAAAAUGUUCAUUGAUAAAACCAAAUUAGAUAAAAAUUUAAACAACAUAAACAAUGGAGGUGAACGCAACCACUUGUCUCCCCAAGCAAAGGAGCAAAGGAAACAAUAUCUGAACAGAGUUGCAUUUAAAUGUAUUGAGCAAGAGAGCAUUUGUCUCACAAAACUUGAGAGUUUGCCGAAAAAUAUUAAUAAAGAGAAGAAAGUGGAAAAUAAACCUUUACCUCAGAAAAAUACCACUGAAAAACAAAGCAUGCUGGAGUUUAAAUUAUGUCCAGAUGGACUGAUUAAUAAGAAGAUAAACUCCACUGAAGAACAGAAGGAUCUGCAACCUUGUCCUAGGAAGGAGCAAGCCCCUGUGCAAGUUACAGGAAUAAAAAGUUCCAAAGAAGACUGGAUAAAAGGUGCACCUGAGGAGAAAAGGAUUCCAGAAGCCAACCAAGAAAUAGAUGACAAUGUCUUGGCUAAUUCAAGAAACACCAACAGAACCUUCAGUGCAGAUGGACUUGAGACACUAAAAAACCCAGUAAAGGAUUCAAAAGCAAUGUUUCAAGCCUUCAGGCAGAAGUAUCUGGAGAAGAGAAGCAAAAGCCUUGGUAGCAGUCCUUUAAAAGAAUUCUGAGACUUUAAUUCUUAUGAUUCUGUAACUGGCAUGAAUUUUUAUUAUUUUCUGUUCAGAAUAUUUUGUUGGGAAUAUACAUAAUUUCUGUGAUAAAAUGCCUCAGUCAGAGUUAGUUACGAUUUAGGUUAUGUAUGUCAUUGAGAACCUUAUUUGUGGGUAACAGACAAAACUAAAUGCUAUUUUCAGGGAAAUCAUAUGGCAUGGAAUUACAAAAGUAUUGAGCCAAGUGUACCAUUAUUUUAAAAGGAGUUCUUAUAAAAAUCUUAUUUUUAAAUGCUAAUUUACCUUUUGUGAGGCAAAAUAUUCUUCAGUUAAGGACUUGGUGAUUUUAGGCAAGACUUUAAAUAUAUUUUUGUCUUUAAAACUAACUGGCAGAACUUAGUUUUCAAAAGUGCUCUCUGUGAAUGUCAAAGUAUAUCCUAAGUAUUUUAUAUGUAAUUGUUAACUUUUUUUGUCAGAAGUCUUGUUUUACACUUAGUAAACUGACAGAUUUUUGGAUAAUACUGAAACAUUACUUUUUAUACUUGAAAUAAACUUUAA